GAUCCCCACCUGUGAAUCCUCCUUCUGUUUCUCAAAUCAGCUUGGUGUCACAUGUUGUCGUAGUACCUGAUUGUCAAUUAGGAGUAAAGGACUAACUGUUUUCUUUCAUAAAGCCGUUUCAAAUAGACUCACCCUAUGAGAGGAUGGCCCCGCCCCUGGCAAGAUCUGCUCCAGGUGAACUCAACCAUUGGUGGAGCCAGCUCAGGUUCCGCCUCCAGAACAGGAAGGGGUGGAACGAGAUGCUUGAUGAAACAUUUUUGCUGCAGAACAAAAGGACAAAUGACAUCCCUCUCUUCUUUGCGGCCAAAGAGAACAGUGCAGGUUGCAUUAAGAAACUUCUGGACUGUGCAUCCACUAACAUCUUUGAGAGAGGUGCUCUGGGGGAGACAGCGCUGCAUGUGGCAGUACUGAAUGAUAACAUGGAUGCUGCCAUAGCUCUGAUGGACGGAGCACCUGAACUCAUCAAUGAGCCCAUGACCUCUGACCUCUUCCUUGGCAUGACACCUCUCCACAUUGCUGUGGUGAAUCAGAACUUUAACCUGGUCCGCAGUCUGAUUGGUAAAGGGGCGGAUGUGGCCACGCCCAGAGUCACAGGCCUGUACUUCAGGAAGAGAAGAGGAGGGCUGCUCUACUAUGGUGAGCACAUCCUGGCAUUUGCGGCCUGUGUGGGAAAUCAGGACAUAAUCUCCAUGGUGAUCAACGCAGGAGCCAGCACCAGGGCCCAGGACUCCAUUGGUAACACAGUGCUCCAUAUUCUGGUCCUGCAGCCCAAUAAGACUUUAGCAUGCCUGGCGUUGGAUCUGUUGUUGGCACAUGACGUUGAGCUGGACCAGACUGUGCCACUGGACAUGGUGCCCAACUAUCGUGGCUUAACGCCCUUCAAACUGGCUGCCAAGGAGGGCAACCUUGUGGCCUUCCAGCACCUGGUCAACCGGAGGCGAGUCGUCCAGUGGGACCUGGGACCACUGACCUCUAACCUCUAUGACCUCUCAGAGAUCGACUCCUUGGUCGCCGACGACGACCUCUCUGUGCUGGAGCUCAUCGUGGGCAGCCAGAGGAGAGAGGCAAGAAGGAUACUGGAAGUGACUCCUGUUAGGCAAUUGGUCAGUCUCAAGUGGAAUCUCUAUGGAAAACACUACUUUAGAUUGUUGCUGCUGCUGUACCUCCUGUACAUUGGGACCUUCACACUGUGUUGUGUGUAUCGCCCUCUAAAGGACGCUCCAGAGAAUUACACUGUAUCUGACAUGGACAAAACCAUCCGCGUGCAGAAAACUCUGAAGGAGAGUUAUGUGACCUAUGGGGACAACUUGCGUCUGGCAGGAGAGAUGAUCAGUGUCCUGGGUGCCCUGGUUAUUCUGCUACUGGAGAUCCCAGAUAUGCUGAGAGUGGGGGCCAAGCAGUACUUUGGACAGACGGCCCUGGGGGGACCCUUCCAUGUCAUUCUUAUUGCCUAUGCGUUCCUGGUGGUGCUGCUGUGUGUGUUCAGGGUCAGUGGGGUGCAGGGGGAGGCAGUUGUCAUGGCUGUGUGUCUGGUGCUGGGCUGGAGCAAUGUCAUGUUCUUCGCCCGAGGCUUUCAGAUGCUGGGACCUUAUGUCAUCAUGAUACAGAAGAUUAUAUUUGGAGACCUGACCAAGUUUAUGUGGCUGAGCUUCAUCGUGCUCAUGGGGUUUUCCACCUCCCUGUGGAUGGUGUACAUGACUCAGGACCCAGACUCUCUACCUGCGUACCGCUCCUUCCCCAUCACUCUGUUCUCCCAGUUUGAGCUGAGUGUGGGUCUGAUAGACCUGCCAGUGGACCACACUAUCACAACGCCCCCUAUUGUCCAUGUGCUGCACUGCACCUUCUCUGUGGUCUCCUACAUACUGCUGCUCAACCUUCUCAUAGCCAUGAUGAGUGAUACACACUGGAGAGUUGCCCAGGAGAGGGACGAGCUCUGGAGGACACAGGUGGUGGCCACUACCCUGAUGUUGGAGAGGAGGUUGCCCCGCUGCCUGUGGCCCCGGCUGGGGGUGUGUGGACUGCUCUACGGCCUGGGGGAGCGGUGGUACCUCCGGGUUGAGGAUCGCAAUGACCCACUGGUGCAAAAGAUGCGUCGCUACGUGCAAGCCUUCUCUAAGGAUGAGGACCAGAGCAAGGAGCGGGAGGAGAUGGAGAACACUGACAUGUCAAAAGGACCUGGAAGCCCUCUGAUCAGACCCAAACACAGGGGUGGGAUAGAUGGAAACAGGAAGUCCCUGGCAUGCUGGCAGAUGAUUCGCCACAGCGCUCUGGGUUUAGAUGUGGAACAGGAAGAGCCUGAGGAUGACCAGGAAGUAAGAUACGUCUGAGGGUUAAGACAGCAAAACAGAUCAUUAUAUUGUUAUCAUAUAAUAUAUGUGUGAUGCAAUUAUGUAUGUAUGCAGUAUUAUUUGUCGAAAACAAAUGAUUGUAUUGUAGUAGCUAGUGUAUAUGGGCAAGACUGGGUUGAAAUGUAGACUCGAUUCAUUUUCAGUGUUUUUGGACCAUGUAUGUCACUUCCAAGUAAAGCACGUCAAUAUUUUUUUAUUACAGAUUUUACAAGACAGUAUAUUAAACUUAAUUUUUUACUGGAAACCUUUUUUUUCAGGAUUGUAAAUCCAAACAGAAAACCAAAUGAUUGGUUAAUGCACAUAAUCAUGUAGAUCAUUAUUAAAGUCAUUAAAAAAAUAUCUCACCAAAACAAGCAAAUAAGUGCAAGAUAUUAUUCAUCUUUUACAUUAGUGCAGAUUCUAACUGAAACUGGCAGGCUGACUUGAUUGUUCUUCACACGGCAUAACUAACUAUAAUGUGAUUUUAUUUACCAUCAUUGGUUAUGCCUGGAUGUCUAAUGAAUUAUAACAUAGAAUUAGGUCAUACAGUGUAUAAUAAUGGUUUAAAAAGGCUAUUGAUAGAGAUGUGUAAUCGUGGUUUAAAAAGGCUAUUGAUAGAGAUGUGUAAUCGUGGUUUAAAAAGGCUAUUGAUAGAGAUGUGUAAUCGUGGUUUAAAAGGCUAUUGAUAGAGAUGUGUAAUCGUGGUUUAAAAAGGCUAUUGAUAGAGAUGUGUAAUCGUGGUUUAAAAAGGCUAUUGAUAGAGAUGUGUAAUCGUGGUUUAAAAAGGCUAUUGAUAGAGAUAUGUAAUCAUGGUUUUAAAAGGAUAUUGAUAGAGAUGUGUAAUCGUGGUUUAAAAAGGCUAUUGAUAGAGAUAUGUAAUCAUGGUUUAAAAAGGAUAUUGAUAGAGAUAUGUAAUCAUAGUUUAAGGGGCUCUUUUCCAAGUUUAAAAUGAAAAACAUUCAACAUUGGCCAUGCUGUCAAUGAAGCCUGAUUUCAAUUGAUUAACAACUGUUAACUCGGAGGCAGGAAUAAAUGAGCUCUGAUUGGGAAAA